GCAGCGGGCUCUGAUCAGCAGCUUCUCUUUGGCUCAGCGUCCGAAGUCAUUAUCUGAUUAUCCGUGCCGAGCGCUGCCAGGGGCUGCGUUGCAGUUCCACAGUUUAUGGAGAUAAGUUGGACUCGGCGUGCAAACUUAGCAGAACGCUCUCUGACUCUGCUGCUGGACGAUGACCAGGAGAAGAACGCAGCUCCAGCAGCAGACGGCCCCCCACUGCAGGACGAGAGCUCCGUCACAGCGCUGUGCAGCGGAGGCAACACGGAGGACGAGAGGAGAUGCUGACUCAGCUGCUUCUGGGAUGGACUGCCUUGCUCAGCGGCGUCCAGCAUGCAGCUCCCUCCGUCACGACCAAACUUUUGUCUGACAGAGGCGGCAGCAGGUCGCCGACUCGGAAAUGCCAAGCGUUCAUCCCUCCUCCUCUUCCUCCGCCUUUAUUCCCUACAAUCAAACAGAAAGCAGAGCUGAUGGUGGAUCUAACAGAACACAUCACAGGACCGAAGGGAGAGACGGGCUGCAGAGGACCGCGAGGACGGAAGGGGAAACCUGGUGUGACGGGACCAGAGGGAGAACCUGGAUCACAAGGAGUCCUGGGGCAGGCGGGUCAGAUGGGAGACAAAGGUGAGAGAGGCUGGCGAGGUUUGUAUGGAGACAUCGGGACUCCUGGAAUGAUGAAGGGUGAAAAGGGCCGUCGAGGAUUCAGGGGUGAACAAGGUUUGAAAGGACGCAGAGGACUCAGUGGAGAGAUGAGAGAGCGUGGCCUCGCUGGGAGACCAGGAGAGAAGGGCGACCCGGGUCAGUGGGGCGAUCCGGGGCAGAGAGGGGAGCAAGGACCCAGAGGACCGACAGGAGUCAGAGGAAGUCUGGGAUUGAAAGGAGCUCAAGGACCUACAGGAAAGCAGGGUCAUCCUGGUCCUGCAGGACUGCAUGGUCUGACUGGAGAUCCUGGACUACCUGGACAAGUGCUAAUCCUUCCAGGUCUGCAGGGAGACGAAGGAGACGGCGGCCCGUCAGCCAAAUGUAACUGCUCAAAGGUUCAGACUCCCAAACCGCAGAAGGGCAGAGUCAACACGAUCUUUAUAGCUAACGGGGAGAGACAGAUGAGGAGGCUUCGGGGGGAGAACGUGAUGGUGCUGCGGACGGACAGAAACUCUCUCUACAUCUACUCUGACUCCCAGUGGAUCAACGUGCUGGAGGACUUCGGACCCUGACCGACCAGUCCGACCAUCAGCUCGGGCUGUGGUUAAACUAGGACGAGUCCUGCUGUGACUGUGAACCAGUCAUGAGAAAUAAAGGCUGACCUGUCCUCUGU